UCACUCUGUAAAAUAACUAUUUUCUCCUCCAUUAAGUUGUUUGUGCUGUGUCAUGGCCUGCUGCAGCUCACCCAGCUGCUCCACAGUUCCUAUUUUAAGAGCACCAUCACCACCAUCGAGAGACGCUUCGGCCUCAGUAGCUUCUCCUCCGGCACCGUCUCCUCUCUGCAUGAGGUGGGGAACACAGUUCUGAUAGUGUUUGUGAGUUACCUGGGCAGCAGGGUCCAUCGUCCUCGUCUCAUUGGACUGGGUGGUCUGCUGAUGUCCAUCAGUGCUCUGAUCCUGGCCCUACCUCACUUCCUGUCCCAGUCCUAUGUGUUCGACUCUGUCAUACAUGAUCGCCAAGACCUGUGUUCCCUCCAGGGUACCUCCAACAUGACAGAGGCCUGUGGGAAGACAGAGAUCAAGCGUAUAGCAGACACCAACAACUUGUGGCUGCUCAUGGCUAUAGCUCAGCUGCUGUUCGGGGUGGGAUCUGUUCCCAUACAACCUUUUGGUAUCUCUUAUGUGGAUGACUUCGCCGGACGAGGCAACUCCCCCCUCUACAUAGCCAUCCUGUUUGCUGUGUCUGUGUUUGGACCUGCCUUUGGCUUCCUGCUGGGCUCCGUCAUGCUGAGGAUCUAUGUGGACGUGGACAAAACCGGCUCAUUCACCAACGCUGAGCUGGCCCCUACAGACCCUCGCUGGGUGGGUGCGUGGUGGAUGGGCCUCCUCGUCUCCUCUGCCAGCCUAGCCCUGACCUCGGCCCCAUACUUCUUCUUUCCUCGCAGCAUGCCGCUGGAAGACGAGGUAACUGGGACUGAAACUGACAUUCUGAAUGAAGGCUCCGAAAAGCCUGAGAUCUCACUGCUUGAUUUCCUUAAGAUGUUCCCCAGGCUGUUUGUCCGUCUGCUCCUCAGUCCUCUGUUCCUGCUGUUGGUCCUGUCUCAGUGCUGUUUCUCUUCAGUCAUCGCUGGCCUCGCCACCUUCCUCAACAAGUUCCUGGAGAGACAGUACAGCACGACUGCCGCUUACAGCAGCCUCCUCAUAGGUGCGGUGAACCUUCCUUCUGUUGCCGUGGGGAUACUGGUGGGCGGGGUCAUCAUGAAGAGAAUGGGUCUCUCUCUUAAGGCCAUCCCUCGUUUCUCUGUCGUCAUGCUGUGCAUCUCUGUUCUCCUCCUCAUCCCCCUCUUCUUCAUGGGCUGUCCCACACAGAGUCUUGAAACAUCUCUCAUCAUCUUCUCUCUUCUCAUCAGGUCUCUGGCCAAUUGUUAUUCCAACUGCUCCUGCCCAGCUAACGCCUUCAACCCAGUGUGUGGAUCUGACGACAUCGAGUACCUGUCACCCUGCCAUGCAGGCUGCAAAGAGUACACCAAAGACCCCAACAACAGAUUCAGGGUUCUGGAGUACACAGACUGUAUCUGUACAGCUCACAGCCAGGGUAGCGGUGGGGGUACUGCUCGCCCCGGCCCCUGCCCCAACCAAUGUCCUCACUUCCUGCUUCCUGUCAUGUUCCUCAUCUCUCUGGCCGCGAUGAUCGCCUCCCUAACACACAACCCCAUCUAUAUGAUGGUCCUCAGAACUGUUCCCCACGAAGAGAAAUCCUUUGCCAUAGGAGUCCAGUUUCUGCUCUUGAGAGUGCUUGCCUGGUUACCGGCCCCAGCCUUGUUCGGCAUGACCAUCGACAGCUCCUGUAUCUGGUGGAAACGUAUCUGUGGCAACCGGCUGGGCUGUGGUUACUAUGACAAUAACAUCCUGAGAAACAGGUACCUGGGUCUGCAGGUGGGCUUCAAGAUGAUGGGGAUCUUCCUGCUGGGGCUGGUUGGAUGGAAGGUCCAGAGGACCAGGGAGUACAACCUGGGGAAACGGCCUGACGGACCACUGUGA